AUGGCUGACAACAACGCCGCUCCUGCAUCGACUUCCGAGUGCCCCAUCUGCCUCGACGAUCUCAAGAAUCCCGUCUCUACGCCCUGUGGUCACCUUAGCUGCGAAGAAUGCCUCAACAAGCACAUCGAGGGCUCCCACGACCCGUACAAGUCGACGUGCCCGACGUGCCGCGAGGAUUUUCCAAUUGUGACUCCCGAUCUCGCACGUGUACCCGACAAGUACAAGCCUUUUGUGCAGCCUUCCAUCCGCCGCGUGUAUCUUCCUGGAGGCGACAACACUACGAUCGAACUCAAGAAGGAGCUCGAUGGCCUCUACGCCCGCAUCGCGAAGCUCAAUCUUGAGAAAGAGCAGCUGGCGCAGCGUAACAAGGACACUGCGGACGCACUUGACCGCUUUCGUCAGGGCGAAAAAGACGCUCGCUCACAGGUCAAGGCGGCUAAACGCGAAGUCGAGGUCAUGAGACGCAAUGCCGAUGGACUCCGGCACGAGCUCCAGAAUAUGAACAAGCUGGUCCGCGAUCGCGACAUCCUUGUUGGACAGAGCACUGCCGACGCUAACUCUUCUCGCAUCAAGUAUGAAGAGAUGAAGGCCAAGUACCAUGGUCUGAAAGCGAGGAUGUCUAGCUCUGGCGGCGAGCUCAAGCGCAAGUCCAGUAACAUGGAGUCUCCAUCGUCUCCCGGCUCCUCUUCCGUCGAUGAGGAGCCGUUGUCGCGUUCCACCAACAGGCGUGUCGAGAUGGUCAAUGAUCGGCCUACGGUCCGCAUCCCGAAGCGACCUCGGUUGGGCGACUCUACCCACAAUCCUUUGAGGGUCUCCGCGUCUCGCUUCAUGGAUAUACCUGGAGAUCUCACUUCCGGUGGAGGGCCACUUUUCAACGGCCCGCACAUGCCUGGGGGCGAUGUUGAAUCCGGCUUUGAAGGCUUUGCCUCUUCCUCGCGCCGCAGCGUUCCUCCUGCAGGCGGCUCGAAUGCGCCUCCGAUCUUCCGCCCUUCUGCUCCUGCCAUGCCCAUGAUGCGUUAUCGGGGCCCCACGCACGGCGCCUUUGACGGCGCUUUUGACAUGGCACCUCCUGUCGCUCCGCAGUACCACAACGAUCGCGACCACCCCGAUGAACUCGACUGGCUCGAGGAGAUCGACUACGUGAACCCAUGGGGCGUAGGCGCGCGUAAUAUCCGCUCGCCCGGACUCAUGCCCCGCAACUGA